ACCUUUGCAUCAGCAAACGAAACCAAACCUCUCUCUCAUCCGAACAAGCAAAAAUAAUGUUUCGGCUACCGUUCGUUGUGGUCGGGCUACUGCUCUUCGUCUCUUCUCCUCUGACUCUCUGUCUAAACCAAGACGGCCUUUUUCUCCAGCAAGUCAAGGGCAGCCUCUCCGACCCUACUCACUCCCUCUCCCACUGGAAUGACCGCGACGACACCCCUUGCAACUGGACCGGCAUCGCCUGCGACCCUGUCACUCUUCGUGUCACCUCCGUCAACCUCUCCUCCUUACAGCUCGCCGGUCCCUUCCCCAUCUUCCUUUGCCGCCUUCCCUCUCUCAUCUUCCUCUCUCUCCCCGACAACUUCAUUGGCUCUUUCCUCACCCCCAAUAUCUCCUCUUGUCAGUCUCUCCAGUACCUCGACUUGGCAGAGAACCUCCUGGUUGGUCCCAUCCCAGAUACGCUCUCUCAGAUCCCGAAUCUACGGCAUUUGAACCUCUCCUCUAACAACUUCUCGGGAGGUAUUCCUGCCAGUUUUGGAGAGUUUCGGCGACUCGAAACGCUGAACCUGGCUUCUAACUUCAUAAACGGUUCGAUACCCACUUCUCUUGGCAACAUUUCAAGCCUGAAAGAGCUUUCGCUUGCUUAUAACCCGCUCUUGCAGAGUCCGCUACCAAGUGAACUCGGUAACCUGACGAGUCUUGAGCUGAUUUGGCUCCGAGCAUGUGACCUCGUGGGUAAGAUUCCGGCGAGUAUUGGUCGGCUGACCCGCCUUACAAACCUCGAUUUGUCCAAGAACCGACUCACAGGCUCAAUCCCGAGCUCUAUCACGGGCUUGAAAAGUAUCGUCCAAAUCGAGCUAUACGAAAACUCACUCUCUGGCGAGUUACCUUCGGGGAUGUCGAACUUGACAAAUUUGUUGAGAAUAGACGUCUCGGUGAACAAUAUUAUGGGGACAAUUCCGGAAGACUUGUGCGGCUUACCACUCGAAUCUUUCAAUCUCAACGAAAAUCGCAUCGAGGGGUCUUUACCCGAGAGCAUAACUCGGUCAGUAAAUCUGUACGAACUCAAACUCUUCAACAACAAACUCAGUGGUUCAUUGCCGAGCCAACUCGGCAAGAACUCGCCCUUGCGGAUCCUUGACCUUUCGUACAAUGGAUUUUCCGGCGAAAUUCCAAGCCAUUUGUGUGAUACUGGUGCGUUAGAAGACCUUAUUCUGAUAGCCAAUUCAUUUUCUGGGAAAAUUCCUGAGAGUCUGGGAAAUUGCCAGAACUUAAGCCGGGUCCGGUUAAAGCACAAUGAGCUCUCGGGCACGGUUCCUGAAAAAUUAUGGGGCUUACCCCAUGUGUACUUGCUUGAGCUCGAGGAGAACUCACUGUCUGGAGACAUUUCUACAAUGAUUUCUGGUGCACAUAAUCUGUCUCAGUUGAAGAUUUCGAGUAACAGUUUUUCAGGUUUGAUACCCGAGGAGAUUGGCUCACUCGGAAAUCUUAUUGAAUUUUCGGGCAGUAAUAAUAUGCUAACGGGUCAAAUCCCCGGAAGUUUGGUGAAGUUGAGUGAAUUGGGCAAGCUUGAUCUUAGCGAUAAUGAGCUUUCGGGCGAGAUUCCGGUGGGAAUCCAAGCCUGGAAGAAGCUCAAUGACCUUAAUUUGGCCAACAACAGGUUAUAUGGUGAAAUUCCAAGUGAAAUUGGGGGCUUGCAGGUGCUUAAUUAUCUUGAUCUUUCCGGGAAUCGGUUUUCUGGGAAAAUCCCACUUGAGUUGCAAAACUUGAAGCUCAGUUUGCUGAAUUUGUCGAAUAAUAGGUUGUCCGGGAGCCUUCCUCCUGUUUAUAACCAUGAGAAUUAUAGGAGUAGCUUUGUGGGCAAUCCGGGCUUGUGCGGUGACCUUCCUGAUCUUUGUCCUGGGAUUGGUAGAAGUAAGAAAAGGGUCGAUUUUUGGGUUCUCGGAUUAAUCUUUGGGCUUGCGGCCAUCGUUCUUGUUGUUGGGGUGGUGUGGUUCUAUUGGAAGUACCGGACUUUCAAGAAGAACAAGAGAGGAAUUGCAAUGUCUAAGUGGAGGUCAUUCCAUAAGCUUAGUUUUAGUGAAAUCGAAAUUCUCGAUUGUCUUCGUGAAGAUAACGUGAUUGGUAGUGGAGCUUCAGGGAAAGUUUAUAAGGUUGUGCUUAGCAAUGGUGACGUGGCAGCGGUGAAGAAAUUAUGGGGAGGAACAAAGAAAGAAUAUGGGACUGUUGAUUCUGAGAAAGAUGAGUUUAAAGCUGAAGUUGAAACAUUGGGAAGGAUUAGGCACAAGAAUAUUGUGAGGUUAUGGUGUUGUUAUGACACUGGGGAUUGCAAGCUUCUGGUGUACGAAUACAUGCCCAAUGGAAGCUUGGGGGAUGUAUUGCGUAGUCGCAAGGCAGGCUUGUUGGAUUGGCCAACAAGGUAUAGAAUUGCUCUGGAUGCGGCUGAGGGGCUCUCUUAUCUGCAUCAUGACUGUGUUCCACCCAUUGUUCAUAGGGACGUUAAAUCGAACAAUAUAUUGUUAGAUGGAGAGUUUAGAGCUAGAGUUGCGGACUUCGGAGUUGCUAAAGCUGUAGUAACAGUCAGUAAAGGGGAGGAAGCCAUGUCUGUGAUUGCAGGCUCUUGUGGCUACAUUGCUCCAGAAUAUGCUUAUACACUUCGCGUGAAUGAAAAGAGCGACAUUUAUAGCUUUGGAGUGGUCAUUUUGGAGUUGGUAACCGGUAGGCUCCCAACUGAUCCUGAGUUUGGAGAGAGAGAUUUGGUAAAAUGGGUCUGCACCACAUUAGACGGGAAAGGAGUCGACCAUGUAAUUGACAGUAAUCUCGAUUCCAAGUACAAGGCAGAGAUAGGCAAAGUUCUCGACAUUGGCCUCAUGUGCGCUGGCAUACUUCCCAUUAACCGCCCUUCAAUGCGAAAGGUGGUUAAAUUUUUGCAGGAGGCUGUCGCAGAGAACAAGACAAAGAUAGCUAAGAAGGAUGGGAUGCUCUCCCCGUAUUAUUACGAAGAGGCCUCUGAACAAAGAGCAGGAAAAGAACAGAUUGCAGCUGAUGAGAGAGAGAUGGAGAGGGAGAUUUCUGCAUGAUAUUCCCACUUCGAAAAUGAUAUGGUACCUUCAGCGAGGCACCAGAUUUGUACGUUCAUAGAAUGUAGCCAUUUUACUACCCUGGUUCUCCCCUCCUUUGUUAGGCGACUGUUAGAUAUAAGUCAUGUUAAAAAUUCCCAGAAAUGAAAACCUAUUUUCCCGGCAGCAAAUGCAAUGAUCCUAUAAUACGUGAA